GUCGAUCUGGUGCAGGAACGAGGUAGUGGUCAGCAGUGUGGGUUUGUCCAUCACCAAGAAAGAGUGCAAAUAUCGCCAAUAUGUUUUCCUUGACCCAAUUUCUAGUGGCUUUAUCCCUGGUCUGCGCAUCGGUCCAUGCCUCGCCGCCUAUCUCAGUACUUAGUAGGAACCGUGCAGGCGGUGCAAGUGGUUCUGCCACCGGUAAUUUGUAUGCUGCCCCUGCCGUCCAACCGGUCACGAUCACGGUCACCCAGACCACCACCAUCGACCGCUCCGUCGUCAUCACGGACACUGCCUACAACCGCGUUCCCGUCACCAUCACGGACUUCGUACUGUGGACUUCCACGUUACCUUCAAGAGUGGCUGUACACACACCUGUGGACGAUUUUGUGGCCAUCCAGACCAGACAGGUGGCAAAACCCACCACCAUUACAGUCGUCGACCAGGUGUCUAACAUCAAGGUCGUGACUGACGUCUCCGUCGAACACUUUACUAUCACGCACAGUUACUAUAACAUCAUGCAGUCGACCUACACCAGAACAUCUACGCAGGCGAUUACUGUCUCUUCAACGUUGGUGAGGACUAAUGUAAAGACGGACACGAGAACGGAGACUGACUUCCGCACCGCUUACAACACUGUAUUCGUGCAGGGAUCGUACCAGUAGAUGACGCAAGAGAACGUAGCCGAAGGUGCUAUUCAUUCGGUCUGGGUCUACCAGGAAUGCAAAAUAAAAGUAUCACUAGAAA